AUGCGGUUCCGAGGGAAUACACAAUGCGCAUCCGCGGUCGGACUGGUCCUCGGACUAUUAUGUGCGGUGGAGGCAGCGAAAGUCAAUAAGCACAAACCAUGGAUCGAGACGACAUACCACGGGAUCGUAACGGAAAACGAUGACAAAGUACUUCUGGACCCUCCUCUAAUUGCACUGGACAAGGAUGCUCCUCUACGCUACGCAGAGAGUUUUGAGGUGACCCUCACCGAAGAAGGUGAGAUUUGCGGUUUCCGGAUCCACGGGCAGAAUGUCCCCUUCGAGGCAGUGGUCCUGGACAAGUCCACUGGCGAGGGGGUCAUCCGAGCCAAGGACAAGCUGGACUGCGAGCUGCAGAAGGAGCACACCUUCACCAUCCAAGCCUACGACUGCGGAGAGGGUCCCGAUGGCGCCAACAUGAAGAAAUCCCACAAGGCCACUGUCCACAUCCAGGUAAAUGACAUCAAUGAGUAUUCACCAGUGUUCAAGGAGAAGUCCUACAAAGCCACCGUUAUCGAGGGAAAGAAGUACGACAGCAUCCUGAAGGUGGAGGCAGUUGAUGCUGACUGCUCUUUCCAGUUCAGCCAAAUCUGCAACUACGAGAUCAUCACUCCUGAUGUGCCCUUCACCGUCGACAAAGAUGGCUUCAUCAAAAACACAGAGAAACUGAGCUACGGCAAGGAGCGCAUGUACAAACUGACUGUGACAGCCUACGACUGUGGAAAGAACCGAGCCUCCGAGGACGUUUUGGUCAAGAUAAGCGUCAAGCCCACCUGCAAACCCAGCUGGCAAGGCUUCAACAAGAGGAUUGAAUACGAGCCUGGCACAGGGAGCCUGGCUCUUUUCCCCAGCAUGCACUUGGAGACCUGCGAUGAGCCAAUCACGUCCAUCCGUGCCAACAUUGACCUGGAAACCAACCACAUUGGCAAGGGCUGCGACCGUGAUACCUACUCUGAGAAGUCUCUGCACAAGCUGUGCGGAGCCAGCACCGGCACCGUGGAGCUUCUGCCUGCACCCAGCAGCUCCGCAAACUGGACUGUAGGGCUGCCCACUGAUAACGGGCAUGACAGCGACCAGGUGUUUGAGUUCAAUGGCACCCAGGCCAUCAGGGUCCCAGAAGGCAUGGUGAGCACCAGCCUGAAGGAGCCCUUCACCCUCUCUGUGUGGAUGAGACAUGGCCCCGGGGCCCAUGAGAAGGAGACCAUUCUCUGCAACUCUGACAAGACAGAGAUGAACAGACACCACUACUCGCUGUACGUCCACAACUGCAGGCUGAUCCUCCUCCUGCGCCAGGAUCCAUCAGAGGCAGAGAACUACAAACCAGCCGAGUUUCACUGGAAACUCGACCAGGCGUGUGACAAAGAGUGGCAUCACUAUGUGCUGAAUGUGGAGCUCCCCACUGUGUCUCUGUUUGUGGAUGGCACUACAUUUGAGCCCUUCCUGGUUACAGAGGACUACCCACUGCACUCCUCCAAGAUCGAGAGCCAGCUCACCAUUGGUGCCUGCUGGCAAGACAACUCAGGACAUGACAAUGACACUGAGUCAGUCUCUGAGCCCGCCUCAGGUGGAAAUGCUAGAAUGGCUCAGUUUUUCCGGGGGAACCUGGCGGGGCUGAUGAUCCGCUCUGGCAAACUGGAGAACAAGAAGGUGAUCGACUGUUUGUACACCUGCAAGGAAGGACUAGACGUGCAGCUGCCCGAGGAGGUUGCUUCUGCUGUCAAGGUUGAGUUCAACCCCAACCAGUCCUCUCUGACCGUGGAGGGCGACGACAUUGAUGCCUUUGACAAAGUCAUGCAGCACAUCUCCUACUUGAACUCCCGCCAGUUCCCGACCCCUGGCAUCAGGCACCUUCGCAUCUCCACCACCGUCAAAUGUUUCAACGAGGAGUCCUGCGUCACAGUGCCAGAUGCCGAAGGUUAUGUGAUGGUGCUGCAGCCUGAGGAGCCCAAGAUCAGCCUGAGUGGCAUCGACCACUUUGCCCGCAGCGCUGCCGAAUUCGAGAGCCAGGAAGGUGUGACGCUGUUCCCCGAACUACGCAUUGUGAGCACCAUCACCCGCGAAGUGGAGGCCGACACUGAGUCCGAAGCAGCAGAGGGAGCUGAUGAUGACCCUACAGUCCAAGAGACAGUGGUGUCAGAAGAGAUCAUGCACAACCUGGACACGUGUGAAGUGAGUGUGGUGGGAGACGAGCUGGACGGGGAGCACGAGGGCCUGGAGGUGGACAUGCCCCAGCUGCAGCAGCAUGGCCUGGAGAUGAGUUCCUCUAACCUGGGCCUCGUCAUCACCGGUGUGAACACCAUGGCCAACUACGAGCAGGUCCUGCAUCUUAUCCGUUACAAGAACUGGCACACUGAGGCCCUCUUUGACAGGAAAUUCAAACUGGUCUGCUCCGAGCUCAACGGUCGCUACAUCAGCAAUGACUUCAAGGUCGAGGUGAAUGUCAUCCACACAGCCAAUCCUGUGGAGCAUGCCAACAACGCCAUAGUGCAGCCCAACUUCAUUAACCCUGUGCAUCAUGCCUCUGUGGAUCUGUCCGGUCACAACCUGGUCAACGCUCACCAGGCCUCAGUUGUUCCCAGCGCCGCCACCAUUGUCAUUGUGGUGUGUGUCAGCUUCCUGGUGUUUAUGAUCAUCCUGGGCGUGUUCCGCAUCCGAGCUGCACACCAGCGCACCAUGGGAGACCAGGAGAACGGCAAGGAGAACGAGAUGGACUGGGACGACUCAGCGCUCACCAUCACCGUCAACCCCAUGGAGACGUACGAGGACCAGCACAGCAGCGAGGAGGAGGAGGAAGAGGAGGAGGAGAGCGAAGAUGGAGAGGAGGAAGAUGACAUCACGAGCGCUGAGUCAGAGAGCAGCGAGGACGAGGAGGGCGCCGAGCCGGAGGACCAGCAGGCAGCCAGCAGACAGCAGCAGCUGGAGUGGGACGACUCCACCCUCACUUACUAAAACAGCACACACCAACACACACAUUUAGCACUCAACACAAGCUCACACACACACAUACACACACACGCACAUCACUAACUCACACUCACUCAGAUCCUCAUACUCACCGCUCCACACACACUCCACCCCCUACAAGGAGCCAUGAUGUAAAAAACAAAACAAAAAAAUACAAAAAAGCAAUUUCCUUCAGCGUAUCUUUGGUCAAGGCUUUCCUGUCGUUAUCUAAGUGGUGGUACUCAGUGUAGUGUAGUCAUCACCGGAUUGCUGAUUUUUACCAUUCAUUUUUUUUAUUUAUUAUAUUUUAAUUCCCAGGAAAACGUGAGGAAGCCAACACUGCACUUUUUUGUUUUCUCUGACGUAAGGCUUUCAAAUGGAGACUUUUUUCCCCCCUAAUUUCUUUGCGUAAUGCUUUUA